AUGGUUACGGAUGGAGCUGAAGAUGGUGUGCUCAGACCAACCUCUGGAAAGCCAAAUACAGAAAACUGCACCGCACCGACUGAGUUCGUUCUCUUGGGUUUCUCCAGCCGUCUGGAGGUGGAGCUACCUUUGUUUGGCCGCUUGCUACUCGUCUACGCCACCACUUUGGUGAGGAACAUCGUCCCCGUUGCACUCGUCCAGCUCAACGCCUGCCUUCAUACCCCCAUGUACUACUUCCUUAGCAAUUUUUCUUUCUUAGACCUUAGCUGCUCAUCUGCCAUUGCUCCCAAGCUGCUGGUGAAUCUGUUAGCACAGCGCAAGACCAUUUCUUUAAUCGGCUGCGCGACACAGAUGUUUCCCUUUGCCGCCUUCGCCGUCAUUUUGGCUGCGAUGGUCUACGACCGCUACGUGGCCCUAUGCCAUCCUCUUCUCUACACUGUUGCCAUGUCCCGCAGGGUCUGCACCUCCAUAGUAGCCAGGGCUUAUCUCAGCAGGGGUCUGAUCUUGCUGAUGCACGCGUCUUUCACCUUCACGUUGUCGUUCUGCGGCCCCAACACCAUCAACCAUUUCUUCUGUGACAUCCCACCGCUGCUGGAGCUCUCCUGCUCCAAGACACACAUCAACGACGUCCUCCUCUUCACCCUCUGCGGCUUCGUACAAACCAGCACCUUCCUCACCAUCGUCGUCUCCUACGCCUGCAUCCUCAGCACCAUCCUCCGCGUCCACGGGGCAAACAGGAGGCACAGAGCCUUCUACACGUGCACCUCCCAUCUGACGGCCGUCAGGUUGUUCUACGGCUCCCUCCUCUUCACCUAUUUACGGCCCAGCUCCAGCUACUCUCUGGACCCAACAGUCAUCUCUGCCUUUUACACCGUGGUCUGUCCCAUGCUGAACCCGCUGAUUUACAGCCUGAGGAACAAAGAGGUGAAGGAUGCCCUAAGGAGAACAGUUCAUGAGCUGAACUGGCCUGUGGAGACCCUGAUGACCACUGAAUCUAGUGUGGGGUGA